AUGAGUCCGUUGAUUAAUGACAUAGAAAAAUACAAGCUCAUGUCUCCCAGUAAGCCGAAUGAUCACUUGGAAGUACUCACAACUUAGCUGGAAAACUUGCCCCACUGAAUUUCUGCUCGUAUACAACGUACAUUUUUCUUUCAUUUAUAUGCAGUUUUCGGAAAUUUACUUCGGAGUAAAGUCCCGCCUUAAAGACUGAGAAAUGUUGUAAUUUAAAAAUAAUAAUUUGAGCAGGACUGACUUAUAUGGCCACCAAAAAGGACAUGGGAACAGGAAACGCCUGCAAUUCGUGGUGGCUUUGAGCCAGCUUCCAGUUAAAUCUGGGUUAGGUUUAAAGUUAGGGUUUAGGCUAGCUCUGAAGUGCACGGUAAGGUAAGUCAUGAUCAAGUUUCGGGUUAAGGCAGAGGGUAGUUUUAACUGCAGAGUUAAAGUUUAGGGUAGGGUUAGCGUUAAGAUUAGGGCAACGGCUCGGUUUUAUAUUUGAGUAUUCGCGGAAGUUAGGACACGGCAAUAUUUUAACGUUUCCGGAAUUAUGCGCGAGUUCACCUUUAUUACUGAAACCGAGCGUCUCUAAUCUUAUUUCCCGUUUGAGGACCAUAUAAGUCAGUCCUACCAUAAUUUACAUAUAUUUCGAAGUGCGCGCUGAAAAAGACGCAAACGCUUAUAUCCGUCGACUCCUGUUUAUUUGAAAUGUUUUAGAAGCAUAUGCGUUGAGUCCUGAUUUAAAGCGGUCCAGGUCUCAGUUUGCAUGGUCACUUCAGACAAGACCGACUCGACAACUUGGUCUAACUCCUGCAGAGGCUUAACAAUCCCCAGUCGAGGGGAAGAUUCAUAACGCUCACAGCUCUCAAAUCCACCAAAAGGCGGAGGCGGCGAAAAAAGCUAUCAGCUUAAAGCUUUUCAGUUUGACCAGAUAUUUAAAGUUUCUAUCGAUGUUUUGCAUGUAACGCCUUGAAAAUGGCGAGCCAACCUUGCUCACCAAAACCCUAAGUAAUACAAAAAAUCUGUUCCAACCAGCCAUCUCCCGUUCUUAAGGUGCAGCCUUUUUGAAUAUUUAUACAUAGCUGGGAUUCCUGCGGCAUUUCUUGGUUCUAAGUGUCAGUUUAUCUGCUGCGUUUAGAAGGAAUUGUCACAAGGCAAGCUUGAGUAUUCAGCAAGGUAAUAGGACGUUUUCUGGUGCUCCAGGUUUUAGGUCCUUUCAAAAAAUAUGCUUCGGUCAUUCUGCUCCCCCGAACGGCCUCAUCUACCUGGAGUGCGGUUAAUAUCUUCUAGGAAAGUCAUCUGCAAGGCGGUGAUGUUCGUUGGGAGAUCCCAAAUCACAAUGACCAAUCAGAUGCGUCAAUCGCGAGCAGAUGAGAAGUACGAAUCCUUCCAGCGGAGUUGCGACUAGACAGUAUCCAUCUAGUUCAGACUAGCUCCCUCUCUGUGAAAGCAUUCAGAGGUGUAAAACCGGCUGUCUAACUGGCAGAUAUUUUCAAGCAUUGAAAAGUCGUCGUGAAUACGGAUGAAAAAAAAUUUGUCGCAGGAUCUGGCAGAAAAAGGGGUUUGAUGAAAGCAACGCCUGCACCAUGUCCAAUAAAUUUAUUUUUGGGUGCAAUUUUUGAACUGACUUAAACGUUGCUACUGGGGCCCUCCCUCACAACUUCCUUAAACGGCCAGCUCCCCAUGACACGCCGGGUAUGCUAAUAACCAGACUUUUGCUAACUCGCCCAUCAACUGUGUAAAAACUCGAUACCCAGUUUUCUUCCUAAGCCCCCGAGGAAGGUUAGACCCCUACUUUCCUAUAAUUUGUUGAUAAGAACUCCUAACUUCAGACAACUACGAAUGGAAAUUAUGAGACUUUCCAUAAAAAUUAAUUCGCAAGUAGAACGUGGAGGCAAAGAAGGAUGCAUGCUCUCUGGAAUGAGUGUGUGUUUACCUGGAAAUUCAGACUGAAGCUGGAAUUCAUCAGCGCAUAAAGGCCUGCCAAACCUGUCGACUGUGUCUAGUGAAUUAACCCAGGUCAGCCUCUAGAGGAUCCGUUUUGGGGGAUGGUUUUUUCUAACCUGGCUCACAGUGUCCAUUUCUCACUUUCUGACGAUGAACUCUGAAAUGAACCCUAAACGCCAUAUCUCUUUGCUACGAGACCAAAAUGGACUUGUGUUCUUCCUCUUAAUCACAUGCGAUGUGACAGGUUUGCGAUUGCAUGCUUUUGAGGUGCGCUGACGUUCUCAAGCAAUUCUGUGGGCGUUUUGAUGCCUGCUGUAGGAACUAGAAUAAUCGAAAUUUUAGAGUCAAUCAGUUUUUACAUUUACCUGAAAUAAAACCUACCUGGCACUAAAUAAGCUUCUAGGAAUUAAUUUCUCCCAAAUAUCUGCUUAUUGCUGCGUUAGAGGGGCUCCAUAAAGGAGCAGAAACCCUCAAAAAAUCCACCCUAGGCGAAAAGUUAAUUUGCCUUUAGUGGCAAAAAAGGACUUUGGUAAGUGUUUGCAUGCAUAUACGGUAGACGGUCUGACGCACAAAAUAUCGUGAUCAAAACUUGAACGUUGUUGUUCUUGUUUGUUAAAUUUAUUUGCAUAAAUCACUUGAACCAAUUGCAAAAACUCGGCGCAAACAGCUGUUCACUAAGGAAUAAUUCAUUGUAAAUCACCUAGAUGAAAAGAGAGCAGGUCAAAUUUAGGCAGAAGCCAACGUUUCAUAACAUCUUACUGAUCUCCUACGCUACUGAAAUUCUCAAUUCACGAUUUAACAGGUUCUGUUAACCUUUUGAAGCAGUUCGGAAGGUGUUUUUGGUAUCUUGCCUAGACUUUUGCAAUAGUUUUGGGAUUUGCUGCGGGAACUAAUAAUAACCGGCAUUUCAGAGUCAACAAGUUUUCACAUUUAUCUGAGCGAAAACACAUCUGGCAUUAAAUAUGCUCCUGCAAAUUAAUUUUCCCAAAUGCCUGCUCAUACAGUGGUAGGACUGCUCUAAGCAGGAAUAAAUCUUUAUGAAACCCACGCUAGAUGAGAAGCCGAUUUUUCUUUAGUAGAAAUUAAAAUGACGAAGGUAAAUAUAUGCAUGCAUAUGCAGUGGGCGACCUAACUCAAGAAAUGUCAUGAUCAAACUUUGCGUGGCUAAUCUGUCACAUUUGGGCCAUUUUUCGGUUUUUGAGUUGAUUUGAGAUGUAAAAGUCUGAUUACCGAAGAAUAAUUGAUUUCAAAUGUGUUUUAUGACGGGCAAACGGGUCACAUUUGGGCAAGAUCUCACUUUUCUUGAUAUUCAAGUAAUUGCCUACACUACUGAAAUUCACAAUUCAAACCCCCUAUUUGUGUGCGUCGUGCCAUAAAAAACAUAAGCGACACUGAAAAAGAUUUGGAAUGAAUCCCAUUUGUAAACGUAAAACUGGAUUUUACGUCCAUGAAACCAGGCAAAGGCAGGAAAACUGCAUUGUCUUCCAGAAGAAGGGCGUUUUAUGCCAAAAACCCACCGGUAAAUCUGUUUGAAAGUAAUUUAUUUUACCACACCAACAAUUACCAAACAUAAACAAAUAUAUACUGAGUACCCGCGACAUGCUUUCACUUCCUUCUGCCACACUGUAAGAUAAGCAGGUCCGAAAGGAUGAGGACGUUAGCAGCGGAAGGAUUAUCGCAUGAGUCAUUAGCAAGUAUUUUCAAUAUUGGUAAGGUCACUCUGUGGCAAAUCAUUAAUGAUAUAACCAUGUCCUGAUAAAAGCAGGACGGACCAAAACAGUCCACAAGUAAGGUUGUGGGAGACGAUCGUUCCGUUGUAGCCUGGAGCCUGGUCUAAACCCUACAGGCGGUCGCACGGCAAAGAAAACAGAGAUCAAAAUGGCCGUUUCUGGACUAUUAGUCGUCAUCAGCUAGCCAAACCCAGCCUAAGGUUUGGGACACCCAGGACUUGAAUUCGGGAUCAGUUGUCCUUGAGUUGAAUGUUCUACCAGCUGAACUACGGGCUCUUUGUCUUUUCCGUUGGAAUUGGAAUAUUAAUCAUGCAUGUUCCCCUGAACAGGCGCAGGUGACUGGUAAGCCCGCUGAACAUUGCUAUAAGACCAUUCUCUUCUUGAUGAUGAUGAUGAUGAUGAUGAUGAUGAUGAUGAUGAUGAUGAUGCUGAUGAUGAUGAUGAUGCUGCUGCUGCUGCUGCUGCUGAUGAUGAUGAUGAUGAUGAUGAUGAUGAUGAUGAUGAUGAUGAUGAUGAUGAACCAAAAAUGCACAUUUUUAUUCUUUCUUCUACCUUUGGUCGCUGA